AUGGCACAUAUUGAAGAAUUACCUGAAAAACUCGGUUCACAUGGUGCAUACAAAGAUGGGUUGAAAAGUCAGUUGCUUAAGUGUGUGUAUGACUCUCAAACAAUAGAGGAGUUUGAGAGUUGUUGGGAAGUGAUGAUUACAACAUACAACUUGCAAGAAAAUGCUUGGUUGCAGAGUUUAUACACUGAGCGUACCUAUUGGGCACCGGUAUUCCUGAAAGGAAUUUUUUGGGCUGGAAUGAGCACAACCCAACGAAGCGAGAGUAUGAAUGCUUUCUUUGAAGGGUACGUUCAUGCUAGGACAAACUUAAAAGAGUUUGUUGAUCAAUUCGAUAAUGCGUUGAGAAAGAAGAUUGAGAAUAAAAAUGCAGCGGACUUUUACUCAUUCAACGUCACAAUUCCUAUCGUCUCUAUUUCUCCACUUGAAAAGAUAUUUCAAGCCACAUAUACUAACUCUAAAUUUAGAGAAGUUCAAAAAGAAAUAGUGGGAAUGCUUGGUGUUCUUCCAACUCUACACCGAAAAGAUGGUGUAAUUGCAACAUACUAUGUAGAAGAUGAAAUAGAAGUUGAUGAUUUCAUCAAAGAGGUGACCCAAAUGGUGUAUUUUAAUGAGGCCGAAGUUGAUGUGAAGUGUUCAUGCUCACUAUUCGAAAUGAAAGGGAUAUUGUUUAGACAUGCAUUAGCCAUUAUGAGAGUUAACAAAGUGAAAAAGGUGCCAAAAAAGUAUAUAUUAGAUCGAUGGAGAAAGGAUAUUAAAAGGAUAUACACUCUCAUACGCAGUACUUAUGACUCAGUUGAUGCAAGGCCAGAAGUGAGCAGAUAUUCGCGUAUAUUGAAGGUAUGCUAUGACGUUGCCACAAAUGCAGCGUCAUGUGAUGAACAUGCUGAUGAUAUGAUAGAUAAGUUACAUACAAUGAACAUCGUCUAUCGCACCAAGAAGUCGCCCCAACGACCCUUGGAACAUGUUGUAGAUACAGCUAUUGAUGCAAGUAUAGCUGGGAGUUCAAAGAAAGUCUUAAGUCCCCUUCCACAUGGAAGAGAUAUCGAUAGGAUUGACACGUGCAGGAAUUUAUUUGGGCAAACAGUUGUUGGGACUCAAGAGAGUGUUGUCAUUCAGCCUCCUCAAAACACUACCGAAGUGUUGGACUUCAGUGAAACCCAACUUGGGGAUGAGAGACGACCAGAACUUCGUAAAGCUCUAGAUGAGACUCAAGAUCGUGGACACGUGCAUGACUGA